AUGCUCCUCGCGCGAGUGGAGCUUCGACGAGUGUCUUUUAUAGCAGACAAGGAAGGGGUGAAGGAUGCGGUGGAUUCACUGCAACGAUGGGUCGACACCGACGAAAAAUACGGCACCGUGGAGUGCUACGUGUCGUUCGCUGCCCCGCCCGGCAUGGAACUGCGCUUCCGCCGCUCACCGCCACAAGAAACGCACACGGGGGUGACUCAGGAGCUGCGGGUGUGCUGUGCGACGAACGUGGAUCUGAAGGAUAUUUACUUUGAGGUGCAGCAAGCGUCGGACGAGCAUUCAGAUUUCGGCAUCGAAGACGUUACGCUGCCGUGUCGCCUGUGGUGCCUGACAAAGCGGCGCAGCAAGAGCCAGGCGACAAGUGACUCCUCCCUUCAUUACACCUCCUCAUCUGGGGAGGACGACGAUGAGAAGCCGGCGUCGAGCUGGCAGCUGCUUGCUGAGGGUGGCGUGCGGGCAGCGCAGUACGGCCUGCAGACGGUAGAGUUGGAGAUGGACGCGACAGCAAAAUUAAGAUGUGGGGCUUCGGCGUCCGUUGUAUUUUUUAUUGCGCCGCGACUGCAGUGCACGGUGGAGGCGGCGGCAACGUUGCGAGCGUUGGAGGACGACGGACCUUCACCGCGGGCGCGUUUAGAGGCGCACGAAAGCUGCGGUCCCACACCUCUCCAAGGCCUCUCGUUUACUGAUGAUACGGAGGAGGAAGGAAAUGAAGACGACACGGAAGAGGUGAAGGACGAUGAGGAGGAGGAUGCGGAAGAGGUGAAGGACGAUGAGGAGGAGGACACGGAAGAGGUGAAGGACGAUGAGAAGGAGGACACGGAAGAGGUGAAGGAUGAUGAGAAGGAGGACACGGAAGAGGUGAAGGACGAUGAGGAGGAGGACACGGAAGAGGUGAAGGACGAUGAGGAGGAGGAUGCGGAAGAGGUGAAGGACGAUGAGAAGGAGGAUGCGGAAGAGGUGAAGGACGAUGAGAAGGAGGAUGCGGAAGAGGUGAAGGACGAUGAGGAGGAGGACACGGAAGAGGUGAAGGACGAUGAGGAGGAGGAU